AUGAGCUCCCUCCGCUCCCUCUUGCCGGUCAUCGGCUCUUUCAGCGCGUUUCUUCUGGGGAUUCUGUGUCUGUUCGCCGGUAGUCAACGCCAGUUCCUCCCGCAGGGCAAUCUCUUGACGCUGUACACUAGCGGCGCCGGCGGCGAUGGCGCUCCAGACUUCUUCACUAUCUACCCCAUGUCGUACUGCGUCGGCUACCAGGAAACCUGCGUGAUCGACGAGAAGACCAACACCACGACCAUCCAGGACCGCAUCACCGAGUGCUCGGACCGCAGUGUCCUGUUCGAGUUCAACCCGGGCGACGCCAUCCAGCAAGCGCUGGGCAACCCGCCGACCGGCCUCCAGCCCGGCAGUUGGCCUUCCUGUAUCACCGAUGACUUCCACGCCUUGAAGCCCACUAACACUACGAUGGUGCUGUUCCUGAUCUUCGGGACUGUGGCUGCAAUUGUUGCCAUUGCCCUCCGUAUCUGGACGAUUGCGUCCGCCCGUGCCUCGCGCCCGGAUUACGCCUCCCAGCCUCCACGCUACCCCGGCACGGGGACGGAGCUGGAGACGCCCCCGACUAGUGUGGAGUUCUAUGCUUUCCUGGUGAGCCCCUGUCUUCGAUUGAGGCUCAUUGUUUUCAGCUUCGGCGUUGCGGCGACCAUCGCCAGUGUCAUCGCCAAGGAGUUUGUGGAUCUGAUCAGUGAAACCGGCAGCGAGAAGGGGAUCUCGGCGGUCGGGGGCAACACGUUCCAGGGGAUGAUCUGGACGGCGGUGAUGUUGCAGCUGUUGGGGACAUUGCACGACUACAUUGCUAUUGUGACAUAUCGGAGGGCUAGCAGCGAGGAGUAUGGAUCGCCGUCGUCGCCGCAGGGAGAGCAGUGCUCGGAGCAGAAGCGGCUGGUGGUGGUGGAGGAGGAUGAUUGCUGA